AUGUACUCGCUCCUGCUCUUGCUUCUUGGUGUCGCGUCGGCCACCAACUGCACCACGCUCAACAGUACGGCGCGUCCAGCGCCGUUGAGUCUCUCGCCGCUCGCCGGGUGGCAGGUCACGUUCGAAGACAAUUUUAACGCUCUCAACAAGUCGCGCUGGAAGAUCGCCAACGAGUGCUCGACCGAGCACGGCUGCGCCCACAACAACGAAGAGCAAGUGUACUUGGCGUCUCAAGUGCGCGUUGAGGACGGCAACCUCGUCGUCGAGGCGACCAACCAGCCGUACACGUCGCCGGCCGCGGGUACGCGACAGUUCCGCUCUGGGCGGCUCGACUCGUCUGGGUCGUUUGCGCAGCAGUUUGGCCGCUUUGAAGCGCGCAUCAAGCUCCCGGUCGGUCGCGGCAUGUGGCCCGCCUUUUGGCUCAUGCCGCGCGGCGGGCGGUGCUGGCCCACGGACGGCGAAAUUGACAUUAUGGAGUACGUGGGGCAGUCGCCCGACCAGAUUCACGGCAACUACCACUUUGGGCCGAGCUGCAACCGCAACUUCCACGAUGACAAGGCGGUGUGCGGCAAGGCGGGCAAGUCCAAGCAAGUCGCCCUGGACAAGGAUUUCCACGUGUACGCUGUCGAGUGGACGCCAACGUCGAUUUCGUGGUUCUUUGACGGUCAGCUCUACUACGUCCUUACCAACGCCCAGUGCACGGACAAGGCGCAGUUUUUCAUUCCGCAAAAGGCGUUCUACAUCAUCUUAAACGUCGCGGUCGGCGGCACGUGGCCCGGGAGUCCGUCCGCCUCGACGGUGUUUCCCCAGCGCAUGCUCGUCGACUAUGUCCGCGUCUACAAGCCCGGUGCGUGA